CUCCCUUCCCUCGUUUUCUCCUUUUCUUCCUUCCCUUCCAAAACCCCUUUCCCCCAUUUCCACCCCAACCACCCACCCCCUAUACCCACCACCCCUUCUCUAAAACCCUUCUCUUCUUACAAUCCCAAAAAUCUUCAGCUUAAAGGGUAUCCAUUCCAUGUCUUUUGAUACAAAAAUGACAGGUCCAGAUGCACCACCCACUGGUGUGGCGGCGCCACCGGCUGCUCAGUCAUCAUCCGCCGCCGUGAACGGCGGAGGGAGGAGUCAGAUCUCCCAGCCGAUCAAACGAUACCUGCCCUUUACUUCUAUGAGGCCGCCGUUUGUUAGUCCUGAGGAUUACCACCGAUUUGGUGGUGUUGAUUCUCGGAUUGGGUCCCCUACUUUACAGCCUGAUGCUAUUGUUGUUAAGUCCCCUGCACUAAAGCGGAAGGGUGGGAUGGGCUAUAAAGCAGUUGAGUCCGGUGACUGGACUGCUAAUCCUGGGUAUUCGGAUGUGGCCAAUAGUCCACUUGGAACACCAGUGUCUGGAAAAGGAGGAAGAGCAAAUGGACGGUCAAGAGCCACAAAAAGCAAUAAAUCUGGACCUCCAACUCCUGUCUCUAAUGUUGGUUCUCCUUCUCCUCUUACACCUGCAAGUUGCCGUUACGACAGUUCAUUGGGUCUUCUAACCAAGAAAUUUAUCAACUUGAUCAAGCAUGCUGAAGAUGGUAUGCUUGAUCUUAACCAGGCUGCAGAUACUUUGGAGGUGCAGAAAAGAAGGAUAUAUGAUAUAACAAAUGUGCUUGAAGGAAUUGGUCUUAUUGAAAAGAAGCUCAAGAACAGAAUACAAUGGAAGGGUGUUGAUGCUUCUAAACCUGGAGAAGUGGAUAAUGAUGCUGCCAUUUUAAAGGCAGAAACUGAAAGCCUUUCGAUGGAAGAGCGAAGAUUGGAUGACCGAGUUAGAGAAUUGCAAGAAAAGUUAAGGGAUAUGAGUGAAGAUGAAGACAACCAAAAAUGGCUUUUUGUAACUGAAGAAGAUAUAAAGAGCCUACCUUGCUUUCAGAAUGAGACCCUCAUAGCAGUUAAAGCUCCUCAUGGCACCACCCUGGAAGUCCCAGAUCCUGACGAGGCUGUGGACUAUCCACAAAGGAGAUAUAGAAUUAUACUCAGAAGCACAAUGGGUCCAAUUGAUGUCUACCUCGUCAGUCAAUUUGAGGAGAAGUUUGAGGAGAUGAAUAGUGUUGAACCAUCAAUGGCCAUCCCAGUUGCUUCAAGUUCAGGCUCAAAGGACAAUCCGGCCAUGGAGAGAUCAGCUCUUUCAAACAAUGUUACUGAGAAUGAAGGACAAACACAAAAUGUUGAUCAAUUGAGUUCUGAUCUUGGUACUUCACAGGAUUACGGUGGUGGAAUGAUGAAGGUUGUCCCUUCAGAUGUUGAUAAUGAUGCAGAUUACUGGCUCCUAUCAGAUGCACAUGUUAGCAUCACAAAUAUGUGGGAGGCAGAUCCUGCAGUUGAAUGGGAUGGGGAAAACUUGCUCCAUGAAUUUGGAAUAGCUGAUCUAGGUAGCCCAAGAGCACAUACUCCGUCUGCUGUUACUGAUGUACCAACCCCAAUGAACGUGCCACCAAGAUGAGUUACGCUCGCUCUUGCGGAUAAGCUGAAUUUGGAAAUUCCAGUCUAAUUUAGUCAGAAACAAGUAAUCACCGUCUAUUUUUGCUGUUUUGCUCCUUAGAUCCCUAAGGGCACUGGACGGUGUACUUACACAAAGCCCAAGGACUGAGACUUUGUACAGUUGCGGAAUCUGCUUGACCCCUUUUACAUGGUUGAUGAUACUUGUAACCAAACAGAGCAUGCUGAAGGUGCAAAAGGUGGAGUUAAAAGAAUAGGAAGGAAAUAUUGGUUAUUUAUCAAAUUCUUGCUCUUAACACCCUCCUCACCCAUUGUCGUUGCUUUUCCACAACGUUUAGGCUACGUGGGAGGUAAAAGUUUUCCUUCCCCAGUAGAGUUCCUUUCCUGUUCGCAGGUCUUCAUAACUCAACACUCAUCUUCUUUCUGGAAUUUAAUAUUUCCAUCAGAUAUUUCAGGUCCUUAAAGCUGCAUCAUGAUACAUUAUUAUGGGUCUUCCCUUGUUGAGAAAAAUAUUGGUUAUUUAUCAAAUAUCAUCUCUAAUCAACCUUCAUAUGCAA